UAUGACCCAGAUGCAACAAUGACAUCCAGAUUUGGUAAAACCUACAGUCGCAAGGGAGGAGAGGGCACGUCCAAGUUUGAUGAGGUUCUGUCCACUAAGAGAGGCACCCUUAGUACCAAAUGGGGUGACACCACCUACAAGGCCAAGGUGGGCUCCAAGCGCACCGGUGCUCCCAAGAACGACUCUGUCCUGGGGGUGUACAAGAGGCCCCGUCCAUCUGGAGAUGGCUUGGAGGAUCCGUUUGGGUUCGACAGUGAUGAGGAAUCCAAGCCGGUGUCGUCUCGGAGUGGCAGUAAGUCGUCGCCUGCCAAGCCAGCAUCAGCAGAGCCUCCCCAGGCAGAAAGGCCGGGUGUUUCUCUGGACACCGGGAGCAGGUCCAGCCUCCAGGGAGCAUCCCACACUUUUGCAUCCGCCCGAGGUGCGUCAUGGCUGGCCGGUGACAGGAACCAACCCAGGGUGGUGGAGGACACAGCUCGGUUCUUCAACAGCAGCAGCACUAACAUAGGAAAGUCCCAGCAGAGUUCCCUAUCAUUACUGGAGAACCAGCACAGCUACUCAUGGUACCAAAAUGCUUCUGAGAGCGACAAGAAGCCCCUGGCGCAGACAACCACCCUGAAGACAGGGUCCAAGGCAGAGUCCACCUACGACUCCUGGGAUGCUAUCAUGGGUCUCCGUCCGCCCUCACCCAGCCAGGAACCUCGUAACCCCGCCCCCACACUCUCCUGGGCUACAGCAGGUGUCACCACUGGCAGCUUUGACCUGGGGCAGACCCGGCAUCAGAAGCCGCCCUCUCCCCCACGGCUCCAGAGCCCCAGCGAGAGUGAGGACCUCGGGGGCGACUCGGACUUCCUUGUCGAGACAUCAGACUACUCCCAGACAUCCUCUUCCUCAUCACUUGUUAGAAACUCUAACUGUCGGACGUACAGGAGGCCUAACAAACAGGGCUCUGGCAAAGCGCAGGACUCCAGUGGCUUUGCCAGCACAGUUUUUGGUGCAGAUCUCCCCAAACCCUCAUCUGACAGCAGUAAUAAGACAACAGGUAGUGGAGGGGGACGGGGCAGGACGAGGGACUACACAGUGCUGCACCCCUCGUCCGUGUCAAUGUGUAAUGUCACAAUCCAGGACCGAGUGGUGGAGGAGUUUAGCAGUGAUGCAGCACCCUCUAGUGGUAGCAGUAGUGCCGGGUCUGGCAGUACAACAGAGCUGGGAGAGGCGGGAUGGCAGCGGAAGAAGACGGAGCAACAAAACACGAGGUUCAGGCAGACCCAGACCAAGUCAAAGAAGGACAGUAAGCUGGAGCUGUUUGGUUUUGAAGACACAGAUACCCAUCAGGAGGAGAACAGCUCUGACAACACAGACAGCCGAUCCAGUUACAAAAUUAAAUACUUUGGCUUUGACGACAUGAGCGAUAGUGAUGGUUCUGACGACGACAGCUCUAAAGAGAGGAGGAGGGCCAAGAAAGCUGCCGUCACCAAGGCAACCCCAGUGGUUACCAUAGAAGAAACACCAGCCUAUGACCCGCCGGAUCCCUUCGAGAGGCUGGAGAGUCGUGAAAGACCGGCAGCUAGGGAGAACAAGAAGAACUCUGAGAGGCAGGAGAGCAGGAUACGAGAAGAUGUCCUGGACUUCUCAGAGGAGGACUUCAGGGUGGUGGCCAGGGCCCCAAGGAGGCCACCUCUGGGAAAAGCAGCUGAGAAGAACCCAGACACCUUACGGAGGAUCUUCAGUGCACACAAGAAGUCUCCCACCAAAGCAGUGUACAACGCCAGGCAUUGGACGCUGGAGAGUGAAGAGGAGCCCCCUCCACCUUUCUUCUCACGAUCACAGAUGGCUCCUGCCACAGUCUCAGCUGGUGGACCCAGUAAGGAGCCCUCUGACGCUAAGAAGGAUGAUGGUGUUUUCAAGGCUCCGCCUCCUCCUCCCAAGGUCACCAAGUGUGUCACUUUUCCCACAGAUCCCUACCAGGAGACUGUCACCACACUUAAAUGCCGCAAAGAGCACAAAGAGCUGUAUACAGUAGUCCAACAUGUAAAACACUUCAACGAUGUGGUUGAGUUUGGAGAGAACCAGGAGUUCACUGAUGACUUUGAGUAUCUGGCUACUGGUCUGAAGAGCGGACAACCUCUCAACACACGAUGCCUUAGUGUGAUCAGCCUGGCUACACGCUGUGCCAUGCCCAGCUUUAGGAUGCACCUAAGAGCCCGAGGGAAGGUGGCUCAGGUCUUCAAAACACUCAACGACGCCCCACAGCACCCGAACCUGGCUCUGUGUACGGCAUCUCUGAUGUACAUUCUGAGUAGAGACCGCUUGAACAUGGAUCUGGACCGGUCCUGUCUGGACCUGAUGAUCCGGCUGCUGGAAAUGGACCAGGACCAGGGGGGUGGGGCUGUGACAGACUCCACCACUCAGUUCAGCGCCAGGGAAAUCGCCAAGAUGAAGGAGAAGAUCAGGAAGCUCUGUGACACCGUGCACAACAAGCACCUGGACCUACAGAACAUAACGACGGGUCAUUUAGCUAUGGAGACGUUACUGUCCCUGACCUCAAAGCGAGCAGGAGACUGGUUCAAAGAGGAACUCCGGCUACUGGGAGGACUGGACCAUAUAGUAGAUAAAGUGAAAGAGUGUGUUGAUAACUUAAACCAGGAGGAUGAGAAGGAGAAGCUGGGGUCGUCUCUGUGGGGAGCUGAGAGGUGUUUACGGGUGCUGGAGAGUGUCACAGUCCACAACCCAGAGAACCAGAGCUACUUGAUUGCCUAUAAAGACUCGUCACUCAUCGUCUCCUCUGCAAAGGCAUUGAGGAGGUGUGAGGAGAUGAUCCAGCGUUACAGCAGGGAGGUGAACUCAGACGGAGCUGUGGUGGGGAAAGCAGUAGAGAACUGUAUGAGAGCCAUCAUAGGAGUCCUGCUCAACCUGACGCACGACAAUGAGUGGGGCAGUACGAAGACAGGAGAACAGGAGGAUUUAAUAGUGACAGCUCUGAACUGUGUACUCAGAGUCCCUCAGUAUCUUCCACAGGAGCAGAGGUUCGACAUACGUGUGCUGGGUCUGGGCUUGUUGAUCAAUCUGGUGGAGUACAGUGCCAGGAACAGGUACUGUCUAAUGGAGAUGGAGAUGGAGGGAGGUCAGGGUCCCUGCGACUCCACCGUCCUGCUCAACCCUCAGCACCAGGACAUCACCAGCACCGGCCCGCUGAGCGCCAUCGCUGCACUCGUACAGCUGUUCCUCCAGCGGGAACGAGCCGCUGUCCUGGCUGAGGCGCAGACUGAUGACCUCAUCAAGGAGGCGCCAAAGCCUGCACUGGACCAGAGCGGGGAGUGGCAGGAGACGGGCGGGGAGAUUCAGUGGGUUGCCAACGACAACAACGUGGAUAAACAGGAUGACAGCAAGAAGAAGGCGCAAGAUGAGGAAGACGAGGAGCUGGACCUCAACAAAGCUCUGCAGCAUGCAGGGAAGCACAUGGAGGACAGCAUCGUGGCCUCCUACACAGCACUGCUGCUGGGCUGCCUCUGUCAGGGGAGCCCGUUGAAUGUGACUACUGUGAGAGAGAACCUGCCUAAAGGAGAUUUCUCCAUCAUGACAGAAAUGCUGAAAAAGUUCCUCAACUUCAUGAACCUCACUUGUGACGUCGGCACCACAGGACAGAAGUCCAUCUCCCGGAUCAUUGACUAUCUGGAGCACUGCUAGAGAGAAGCCUGUCUCAUACACAUACACACACACACACACACACACAGACACAC